CGGCCCUGAUGCACAACGACAAAGAGAUUACAACCUUCUGCUUUAACGCAAGCUAGAGACAGAGAGGAGGGAAACGUCAACCCUCAAUCCAAGCAUUUAAGACAGCUUCAGCAGAGACAAUUUCUACACGGAAGAUUUUAUUAUUUUUUCCCCCAGCGCUGAGACGAUGUGUGAUAGAGCUCUUUUUCUUAUUUGCUUUACAGCACAGGUGCUUACGUUAGCCUGGUCCCAAGCGUGUACGCAGAGAUGCCAGUGCCCGGACGAGCCCCCGAUCUGCCUCCCCGGAGUACCCCUGAUCCUGGACGACUGCGCCUGCUGCCUUGUAUGCGCUCGUCAGAAAGGUCAGGCGUGUUCCGAAACCAACCCCUGUGAUUCACGGAAAGGCCUGCAGUGCGACUUCACCUCUGGCAAAAACAAAAACACAGGCGUAUGUGUCGCUCACGAAGGAGACGUCUGUGUUCUGGACGGUGUGGUCUACCAGAACGGCCAGACCUUCUUCCCCAGUUGCAAGCACCAAUGCAUGUGUCGUGAUGGACAGAUCGGCUGCAUCCCUCGCUGCAAUAUAGACGUCAUGCUACCAGGGCCCGACUGCCCCGUGCCGCGCCGGGUCCACGUCCCCGGCGAGUGCUGCGAGAAGUGGGUGUGCGAUCCCCCGGCCGAAGCCAGCGCACUGGGAGGCUUUGCUAUGGCAGCCUUUCGUCAGGAGGAAACGGUGAACUUUGACUCCUGGGACCCCAGCUUGAACUGCAUCGAGCAGACCACUGAGUGGGGAGCCUGCUCCAGAACGUGCGGCAUGGGGGUGUCCACCAGGGUCACAAACAAGAACCGCCGUUGUGAGAUGGUGAAGCAGAGCCGGUUGUGCAUGAUCAGACCCUGCGAUGAGCAGCAGGACCAGACAGCGCUCUUGCAACCAAAGAGAGGCAGUAAAUGCCAGAGGAUUGUGAGGAGCGACACCGCCGUCCAACUCUCCUACAAGAACUGCACUAGCGUCCAGGCUUACAAACCUCGCUACUGCGGCUCCUGCACGGACGGCCGUUGCUGCACCCCACACAGAACCAAGACCGCCCUGGCGGAUUUGACCUGCGCUGGCGGUAAAACCAGCAAGAGGCCAGUCAUGGUGAUCCUGACCUGCGUCUGCCACAAUAACUGCCCACGGGACAACGCAGUUUGGCAGGCUUCGGAGCUGGGCUACAGCGGGAUGACGUUAUAGGUCAGAGCUGUCAUCAUUACAGCCAGUGACUGCGAGUGUAUUUGGCAUUUCUGUUGCGUUGGACAAAUUCUUGGCCAAAAUCUUGAACAUGAGUUGUAUCAACUCUUCCUUAGUCUAAAACACGCAAACACGUGACAACAUGGACUCUCCUGUGCACAAAUGAGUCUAUUUUGCUAUUUUGCUUAAUGAACGCACUUAGCACAUAUCACACAAGUCUCUACUAUUUUUGGAGAUCAGAUUGAGAGAAUGAUUCAUUUGAGCAUUUAUGGUCAACACAGUGUGAAUAUUGGUUGGCUUUUUAGUUGGAAUGAACAUCUGACACUAUUUCUGUGAGUCAAAAGUGUCAUGUAACAAUGCUAACACGUGAUCUAAUAAUUGUGUAGUUGACAGUUUCCAUGUAUGGGAUGCAUACAUGCAUGACCUGGCCCUACACGAAGGGCUCAACCUAUGAGCAGAGGUCAUUUUUGGGACAUUUCUAACGUCUGUCUGAUGUCCUCCCUUGUUGUGUCUGGCCAUGAACGUUUUCGUGUAUAUUUGAGUCAUAUGUGGUGGACGACAAAGGUUCUUGAUAAAACUUGCUGUAACUGUUGAAUUUUCUUUGUGUCUGUGUGUGCGCGUGUGCAAAUUCAUAACUCAUACUCAAACUGAAUUGUUCUGUGGUAUCUGUUUUCUAACUCUUUGCUUAUUGAUCUGCAAAGUCUUUCAAAAAUAAAUGUAUUUUUGUAUCAAAGA